AUGCUCAGCGACUGUUUGCUGAUCAUCGCCAUUGCGGUUUGUACGGCUCUGGCCGGCGAAGGCAUCACUUAUCUGCUCGUGUACCGGUCCGAACACUACAAACGACUCAAGGUUGCUUUUAUGGGCUAAUUAGGAGCUUUUCAAAGUAAUUUCAUGUUCUUUUUGCUUUAUGAACUACCUUCAAAAUAUAAUGUUUUUCGUUGGUUUUGGUUUCCUCAUGAGUUUUUCAGAGUGCAUUUGUAGCUCAAAAAAAUAAAUUUUUGUGUCUUUGACUCGUUUAAAAAAAUUUCUUGAACUUCUUUUUUUCUAGUUUUUAUUUUUUUAUUCAUCAAAAAGCCGAUAAAAUCUUAUUUCUGACUUCUCAAAUAUAUUUAUUUUUUUCUCAUUAUUUUUUUCCAAUGCUUCUAAAUUCAAAAAGUUUCCAGGUUAACUGAUCUUCGAGCUUUUUUUAGAAAUUUCUGACCUAUCUUUUAUUUCAUUUCUUGAUGUUUAGUUGAUAAUUUUGAAUUUUUUUCACAUUCGCGGGUUUAAAAAUUCCAAAGGGUUCGUGUCAUCGAAGAAAAUUGAAACAAAUUGAAAUUUGAUUCAAAAAAAAAAUAAUUAGAUCAAGUUUUUUUCCUCCUAUCUUCACACGACGAAAGCCGUCCCAUAACUCGAAGUUUUUUUGUCAAUUUUGCAAUAAAAAAACACCUAUACAGGCGGAAAUGGACCGGAAAACGAAGAGACUGGAGAAGAAGAAACAGGAAGCGAACGACCUGACCGACAAAAACGCGAAACGACGACUCGAAAGGGACGAGGAACGGCUCAAGGCGACCAACCGGGACAUGUCCAUGUUCAAAAUGAAGUCCAUGUUCGCCAUCGGUAUUUCUUGUUCCUAGUCGAAUAUCUCAAGAGCUUGGUCAGGUCUGGCUUUCACGGCACUUCUUUCCACCUUCAACUCGAUUUUCGACGGCCGCGUCGUCGCCAAGUUACCCUUCCAUCCGAUUUCCUUCAUCCAGGGCCUUUCUCACAGGAACUUGGUCAGAUUUCAAUUUAUUACUGAUUUUAGCCCUCAAAAGGGGUUUCAGGCCUUCAAAAAGUUGUUUUUUGCAGAAAGAUCUUUUAAAACGCCUCUUUGUACCUUUCGGUCGACUUCCUUUUCUAAAUAUUUUUCCUGUCACAAGAGGAUCUCUUUUUUAUCCAGAAAACAGCUGAAAUUUUGCAAUGUUCUGAGAGAUUAUUGAUAAUUACAAGAACUAUUCAAAAUCGUUAUCAGAACAACCAUAAAAAAAUAAUUGUAAAAAAAUUGUGAAAAAUGAAAGUUAGAUUUACGAAGAACUUUUUCUCAUCAAUUCUAGAAUUUCAAUCGAAUCACUCGAAAUAAAUCUUUCAAAUAGAAAAACUGACGGCAAAAAGUUGUAAAAAGAUUUUUUUAUUUUAUUCACAAAGCCUAUAAAAAAAGCCUGGCUGUAACAGAAACGGGAAAAAAACGGAAGAAAUAAUUACAAGUAUAUUGAAAAAAAGGAAGAAAAAAACUGGAUACAAAAAAAAUAAAAUUACAGCCCUUAUAAUUUUUUUCACUGGCUCUCUUGACUUUCAAAAAAAUUGCUAGAUAAUGGAAUGAGGCGUUAAAAUAUCAGAAUAAAAAAAUAAAAAAACUGUCGUUAACCUCGAAGUUUUCAAGUUUUCUCAUGGACAAGUUUCAAAAAAGGGCUUUCAGGCGGGCGAUGACAUGACCGACUGUUCUUUCAUCUUCCUCUACAUUCUGUGCACGAUGACCAUCCGACAGAAUCUUCAGAAGGUUCAACGAAACGUCUUUAAAAUGCGAACAUUCGCCUUUUCCAGAUGCUCGGCUUCGCGCCUUCCCGGGCCAUGAACCGACAACAAUCCAACUCCUGGGGCGGCCAAAACCAGCAGUUCAACUACUUCCGUUAA